ACUACUAUGGCGACGUCCGCUUCAUUUCAUGGAGUUGUUGCAAAAUAAAUUGGAGACAUUCAUGUCAAUGUGUUCACAUUACGAAUGACGAGAAUCCGCAGAGUCCUAUUUUAGUUCGAACAGCUUAAAAGAAGCAGAGCACGCUGAAUUGAACGGACCAGAGAACACGCCUGGUUAUCUCGCGACGUUGACUCACCCUGGAGUACCUCCUCCGAAUCGCCGACUCGUGAUGCGCCUGUUGAUGCGGCAUAUGUGACGCGGCACUGUGAGAAAUCCUAGGGUAGAGAUAUUGCAGACAUGCUACAGUUAUUCCUACAGCACGUAUCUCGCAGGCCCGAGGCUAAACAACCCGAUCUCCUGCAGAAGUGUCUCAAGGAGGUUGCGCGCGUUCUCAACAAGAUGCCAGCUGCAGAUAGGUUUCAUCCUUCUCGCAUCAAGGAAGCCCUCGACAGCUUCGCGUCGGAGCGAGUUGAAACUACAUCCUACGGGUCUUUUGUUCAAGCUUCAAACAUCGCAUUUACAUCCCUUGCAGGACUCCAAGUCAAGGGAAUGCUUGAUACGCCCUCAAACCUUGACAUCAUUUUUCAAGUGAACGAUCAUCCUAUCCACCAAGAUCACCAGGACCGCACAUCGAAAUGGAAGCCCGACGUUGUCAUUCUUCCUUACGCAUGCGCAUUCGCUGGCUUGCCCGAGGAGAAUCGCGAUAUGGGCGCCGAUGAUUACAAGCUCAUCAGUGCAGCCACAAAGCCGAAAAAGAAACUCUUUUGGAAAGAUGUGCUAGCUUGUAUCGAGUUUAAGAGACCAACGAAAAAGCUUUCACAGUGUCCCCUUUCUUAUGAAGUGGCGCCGUAUAAGCCUACCCAUCCAGAAUAUCGGCGCGUGGAACCUCCUGAGACCGGCACGCCUGCGAUUGCAGCGGUAGACUCUGCCCAGACCCCAGCAAUCCUGCCAGUACCUGAUGCUGAACGACCUGUACGACGUUCGUCUCGUCUUGCUGUAAGCUCUCAAAAUCCAUCCAACGACUCCAGCAAGCGCAAGGCCGCCGAACCUUUGGAAUCCGCCAGCAAGCGCGCCAAGACUGACGACGACACGGAACCCGACCCCGGAACCCAAGCUAGAUGUGACUGUCCAAACAGGGCUAUACGCUGCCGAAAUGUUUGCUGCCAAUGUUGCUGUCAAACAUCUUGUCAAUCUCGUCGUUGUCGGUAGGCGUCUUGCGGAUUCUACGAACAUCACGUGAUAAAGCGUGAUUUUGAGUGACAAAACACAGAAAAAAGGUUAACAAAUCAACGAGGA